UUUGACAGAUGAAUAACCUAACAUAACAUAAGUAAAUAAAGUUAAUUAUCUCGAAAAAAACGUAAAUAUCGUAACAAUGACCGAUAUAUUCGAUCAAUUCGAACAAGCUUCGAUGAAAACGAAGUCCAAUAGUCUAAGCAACGCCGAAAUGAGUACUUUGGGGUACAUAAAUAUGACCACAGAGCAGGAAGUUCCCAUAUUCAAUAAAAGCAAAAAGGAUUUUAGACCGCCCGAUAAAUUUACGCAUGUAGCUAUAUCGAACAAAUACUUUGUAGGGGCUAUGCAUGAUGGUACUCUUAUAAGAAUGAAUUUGCACAACCCACAAGAAACAGACCGAAUAACUCUUACAAAAUAUACGCCAAAGCUAAAGUUAUCAAACCUAUUUCUUGACCCAAAUGGGAAUCAUCUAUUGCUCACUCUAGCGCCCAAGCCACUUAUGGGGCCCGAAGUGGGGCCGGAAUUGUUAUACUUGUCAAGAAAAUCGACUAAAUUAAAGUCUACAAGUAAAUUUAGGGGUCACGAGAUCACAGAAGUGGCAUGGUGUUUAACAAAUGAUUCUGAGAGCACUACAGGUCCCAUUUUAUUAGGCACAUCAAAAGGUCUAAUUUUUGAAACGGAAUAUGUUUUGGAAGGAGAAAAAUUCUUUACCGCCGGGUUUUCCUCAAACUUGGAGCAAUAUUGGAGACAGCUGCCCAAUUAUUUACCUUUAUACGGUAACAAAGAAGUGGAGGGGUUGGUUUUUGACAUUGGCAAAGGCACCAACACCCCGAUAACAGGCUUGGAGUACUUCAAAGUACACUCGAACAACCGCUACGUUAUUUUCGCCGCCACGCCGUCCAGACUUUACUAUUUCACCGGGAAAGCCGACUUGGACGAAAAACCGUUACUGCAGCAGGUGUUCAACAAAUAUCUGAACGUACCGGAACCGGAAACGUUCAUAGAGCGAGGCAGCGCGCUGCGAUACUCGCGCAUACAGUUCUGGUCGGAGAAUCUGGUCACCCCGAACAGUUUCGCUUGGAUAACUGAAGGUGGCGUCACCUAUGGGGAGUUUGACCCCAACGUGGACGAAAGUAUCGCCUCUAUCGAUAAAAAAUGCAAAGUGGUCGGCUAUCCAAAGCCUCAGUACGAAGAUUAUUCCGUCUCGCCAAAAUAUCCGCAUUCCAUAGCACUGACGCAAUUCCACAUACUUUUGGCUUACAAUGACUCCAUCAAAGGGGUUUGUUUAUUGAACCAAGAAGUUGUGUAUGAGGAUAACUAUAAUGAAGCAUUUGGGAGGCUAAUAAACAUUAUCAAAGACCAAAAAACAGGUGAAAUAUGGGCUGUGACGGAAAGCGCGGUCUUUCGCUUCAAAAUAACGCGCGAAGAACGCAACGUCUGGAAAAUAUUCUCCGACAACCAGCAAUUCGACCUGGCCAAAAAAUAUUCACGCGGAAACGAAGCUAGCUACAACCAGGUGCUGAUAAAAGAGGCCGACAUGCUCUUCAACGGCAAGGAGUACGAACUGAGCGCCCAGAGGUACGCCGAGACUCAGUCGAGCUUCGAGGAGAUCUGUUUGAAGUUCAUACAAGUCGAUCAGUCGGAUUCCCUAAAUAUUUUCUUGAGGAACAAGUUGGAUACCUUAAAGCCGCAGGACAAAACUCAAAUCACCAUGAUUGUGAUUUGGGUUGUGGAGUUGUACUUGAAUAAGUUGGAGGAGAAACGAUUGCAGGGUUUGGAGCAGACUGCCGGCUACGACGCCGUACAGAAGGAGUUUGAAACGUUUUUGGCUUUAAAGGAGGUUUCCGAUUGCAUUAGGAAAAAUAAACAGACUAUAUAUGAUCUAAUGGCCAGCCAUGGCGAUAAAAGCAACAUAAUAUGGCUCACCAUCGUCAAUAAGGACUUCGAGCAACUUAUUCGACAUCACAUCUACAAGAACAACUUCAGGGAGGCCUUGCAGGUGCUGAAAAGCCAAAACAACUUGGAUUUGUACUACCAAUUCGCCCCGAUUUUGAUGCAAGAAGAGCCCAAGUACAUGGUCAAAAGUAUCAUCGAGCAAGGGAAAAAAUUGCAACCUUUAAAGUUGCUACCGGCCAUGGUGAGUUACCAGGGCGAACUGCACGCCAGGGAGGUCAUGGUUUACCUUGAGUUUUGCAUAGACAAACUCAAAAGCACGGAAAAGGCGAUACACAACUUUUUGCUGUCUCUGUACGCGAAAUACGAUUCAGCCAAGUUGCUUGUGUAUCUCAACCAGCAAGGCCAAGAUAUGGUAAACUACGACAUUCACUUCGCUCUACGGCUGUGCUACGAAAGCAAGCUGACGUCAGCUUGUGUGCAGCUCUCGGGUUUGUUAGGUCUAUGGGAGUCGGCAGUGGAGUUGGCUUUGACAGUUAGCGUCGAUAAAGCCAUCGAGUUGGCAAACAUGCCUCCGGAAAACGAUUUGGAGCUGCGGAAAAAAUUGUGGCUUAAGAUAGCCCAACACGUCGUCAGCGGGAAAGACGACAUCCAGCAGGCUAUGCAAUUCCUCAAAAGGUGCGAUCUUCUAAGAAUCGAAGACAUUCUCCCGUUCUUCUCUGAUUUCGUGACCAUAGAUCAUUUCAAGGACGCCAUUUGUAAGUCCUUGAAGGAGUACAACCAAAACAUCAAGGAUUUAAAGGCUGAGAUGGAGGACGCGACGAAAUCGGCCGAGCAAGUCCGAGAAGAAAUCCAGUCCUUCAGAAAUAAAUUCACCAACAUCAGCAGUUCUGAUAUCUGUGAUUUGUGCAUUAAUAUUUUGAUGAUACGGCCCUUCUAUUUGUUUCCUUGCCAUCACAAGUUUCACAGCGAUUGCCUGCUACACGAGCUGAGUCCAUCCUUAGGUCCAGCGAAGAAAAAUCGCUUGUCAGAGUUGGAACGACAACUGAAACACAUAAACAACCAAAGCAACAUCGAUAAUUUAAGCACUGGCUCCACGGGAAUGUCAACCAAAGAUAUAAUAAAGGCAGAAAUUGAUAACAUUUUAGCAUCUGAAUGCGUAUAUUGUGGGGAAAAUAUGAUCAGAAAUAUUGAUAUGCCUUUCAUUAAAGAUAGCGAAUAUAAUUUAAUAUUGAAAGAAUGGGAAUAAACAUACAAAUAUACCUAUGACAA